UCCUUUUUCAAAUACCUAUCAACACAGCUAUUAUAUCGACAGUAGAAUUAGAGCAUACUACAUUUUGUAAGAAAGUGAUUGGUUCUUGCUAGAUGAGUCAACAUGUAUUCGCAUACCCCUAACAGCUCUAUAUAUAAGACUGUGAGGGUAGAAAUAAACCCCGAAGAACACAUUAGAGCCAAGCCAUAUGAAUGCCCAUUGAAGAUGUACUAGAAGAAACAUGUUCAAGGUUUUAGCUUCUUUACUGCUGUUCCUGGUGCUCUACUGCAGAACAACCAUGGAAGAAUUGAGCAGUAAUUGUCCUCAGAGAUCGUGUAAUGGAACAACCGCAGCUGGCCCUUCUCCAACUCCUUCAUCCGGGUCGCCACAACUCCCCCAACAAGAGGUGGAUGCUGUAAACACUCUGCUUGAUCUUGCGCCUACAAGUCAGAGGUUAGUGAAACACAUUUCGGUCACUGACUGCAAUUCAACAACGUUUAGGUCCAUUAUAGAAUGCAGCUGCAACAACAGUACGAAUGCGUGCUGGGUGACUACAAUUGAUCUCCAUAAUUUCAAGUUAAGCGGUCGAAUACCUGAGAAUAUUGGAAAUCUUGCUUAUUUGGAAUCACUAGACCUUUCCGGAAACUAUCUUAACGGGCAAAUUCCUGAAUCUUUUCGAAAUUUGUCGAGGAUAUCUGAAAUAGACCUCUCCUCCAACCAUCUCAGUGGAACAAUUCCUAAUUGCUUUCAAAAUCUGUCGCAGAUAACUGAAAUUAUUCUCUACGACAAUUACUUGGGAGGAGCUGUACCAAUUUUCUUUUCUGAGAUGAAGAACUUGACAUUCUUCUGCAGAGAUUUAAGGGAUAAUUUUUUCAAUGGGUCAAUUCCACGUGAAUUUGGUACCUCUCCAGCCCUUGAGCUUCUGUACCUGGAUGAUAACUUUUUAUGUGAGGGUAUCCCCGAUGAAUUAGCCAACAUCUCAAGUCUCACAUAUCUGUCUUUCACUAAUAAUCAACUUUCGGGUCAGCUUCCACAACAAUUGGGAAACCUCAGUAAUCUUGACAGCCUGUACCUAGAGAACAAUUUAUUCAGUGGUAAAUUGCCUCCAAGCUUGGAAUCACUGAAAAAUUUAGUCAUCUUCAUUAUUCAAGGAAAUGACUUCAGUGGAAGGAUUCCGGACUUCAUCUCAAAGUGGCAAAAUCUCCAAGAAUUAGAUCUACGAGGAAAUAAUUUUGAGGCGCCUAUACCAGAUGCAAUGUCAAAUUUGUCAAAACUGAAAAAACUUUCCAUGAAUGACAUGGUUGGAGCAGACAAACCUUUGUUUCCCAGAAUACAAAAUUAUGGUUCAUUGCAGUUAUUGACAUUGAGGAACUGUUCACUCACUGGUCCAAUUCCUGAUCAUAUCUGGAAGUUGAAAUCCUUGACUUACCUGGACUUGAGUUUCAACAGUUUGGUUGGAGGAAUUCCACCAGAAGUGGAUUUGCCAAACAUACAGCACAUAUUUCUUAGAAGAAAUAACCUGAAUGGGUCUCUCCCUGUGUGGCUGACAGAAUUGAAGAAUAUAUAUGUGGAUGUUUCCGAAAAUUCUUUCACAAACGUGACAAUACCUAAAGAUGCCUUUUCUCCGAGAAAUAGAUUUCAUUUUUUUUCCAGGAACUUUUUUGCUUGCUGUUCUAAAGUAAACACUGAGGGUAUGAAUUGGCUUGAAACUAAUUAUUCUUGUGGCAAUAGCUCAAAGAGAUAUGAACAUUUGUACAUCAACUGUGGAGGAAAUGCAGAAACAAUAAAUGGAAGCAUCUAUGAAGCUGAUCUUGAUCCAAAUGGAGAAUCAAGGUUCUAUCUGAGCAGUAAUGGAGCCUGGGGAUUCAGUAGUAUGGGAAUCGUUGAUUUUAAAAACCAGAAGUACACACUAAACAAGCAGUGCAAUAUUUCCUUAGUUGAUGCGCCUUUAUACAUGGAUGCGCGCGUAUCUUCAAUUUCAUUGAAGUAUUAUGCAUUUUGUUUAAAGAACAACCAAUACAUGGUGAGACUUCACUUUGCUGAAAUAGGCUUGGAUACGCCUAAAAAUCCUAGGAUCAAGAGAAGUAGAGUUUUUGAUGUAGAAAUCCAGGGCAAGAAAAAAGAGAAAAAUUUCAAUAUCGAAGCUGUUGCAGGGGGUGUGAAUUUGAACGCAACCCUGGAAUAUAAUGACGUUGAUGUUCGUGACAACCGAUUGGAGAUUCACUUGUAUUGGUCCGGAAAAGGUUCACCUUUCGGACGUUACCGUGGUCCCCUAAUAUCAGCUAUUUCCAUAUCUCCCGUUCCUAAAAGGCAUCUGAAACUUUCUUCUGCAAUCAUCGUUGGAAUUGUUGUAUCUUCAAUACUUGCUGUUAUAUUAAUCUUAGCUCUCUUCUGGAAGUUCGGCUGGCUUGGUGGAAAAAAUAAUAAGAAUGUCGAACAAAAAGGUAUCGAGCUAUUCCCUGGAGGGGUUUUGAACUUCCAACAAAUAAAAGCAGGUACUAAUAGUUUUGAUCCUAAGAACAAGAUAGGCCAAGGAGGUUUCGGGGAUGUCUACAAGGGUGUGCUACGAAAUGGGACUAUAGUAGCUGUAAAAAAGCUUUCAGCAAAGUCCAAACAAGGAGCCAAGGAAUUUAUAAAUGAAAUUGGUACUAGCUAUGCUUUGCAACACCCAAAUCUCGUAAGGCUAUUGGGAUGUUGUGCUGAACAAAGCGAACUUCUAAUUGUCUAUGAGUACAUGGAAAAUAAUUCUCUUGAGCAGGCAUUAUUUGGUUCGGCAGAAGUCAAAUCCAGACUAAAUUGGCUGAUAAGAGUUAAAAUUUGCCGUGAUGUUGCGAAGGGGUUGGCUUAUAUCCAUGAAGAAUCUAGACUUCGAAUUGUUCACAGAGACAUAAAACCGACAAACAUACUUCUUGACAAGGAUUUUACUGCCAAGAUAACAGAUUUUGGAUUUGCCAAGCACAGCAAAGAGGAGAAUCCUCAUGCGAUUACACGCAUAGCAGGAACAAAGCACGGCAAAGAGGAGAAUCCUCAUGCUAUUACACGCAUAGCAGGAACAAAGGGGUACAUGUCACCUGAGUAUUUGCAAGGCUUCUUGUCAACGAAAGCAGAUGUCUACAGCUUUGGCCUUGUCACACUAGAAAUUGUUAGCGGGAAGCAAAUUUCAACUUUUAGGGCAAAGGAUCAGAAUAUUUACCUUUUGGAUAUAGCUUAUGAUUACCAACACCAAGGAAAUCUUAUAGCUCUUGUUGAUUCAAGCCUAGGAUCUGAUUACACCCACAACGAAGCGCUAAAAGUGUUGGAUUUAGCAAUGGAGUGCGUGAACCCAACUCCCAAGCUUAGGCCAUCAAUGUCUAAAGUUGUGAAAGUUCUUGAAGGAAUUGUAAAAGAUGUAGAAGCAAAAUGGAAAACAAAGACUUCCUCUACUGGAAAAACUUCUUUGGGGGAUGAUUCUUCGAUGGCCAACCCCGAUUUUGCUUUCUCUCAUUCUACUCAAUCAGCUGGGAGUACAUCCCAAGAAGGUGCUUCAGAUAUAAUCAUUUGUCCUUCAACAAGCAAAGAAAUUGACGACUCCAGCAACUCGGACGAUUAACAUGCCAAGGCUGGAAAUUAACCAGGAAUCACUACCAUGGUAGUCUUCCCUUGAGCAUUGAUAAUCCUAAUUUUUGUGAAUGACAGCAUUCAUCAUGCAUUAUUGCAUUGAAGUGUCUCUGCAGUUAGCAGAUUAUAGUAUUUAAGCUACUAAACAAGCCUUCAUAAAAGAUAUUGGCUCAUCUAUGCGUGGAAAUGAUGCAAAUUAUUGUAUGCUAUCUCAAGUAUAGCCAAUAUUAAUGCAAAUUCAUGUCUAUUGGAAGUAAUUUGCAGUUUUUUCAAGUAGUUAUGGUGAUUAAA